CUCCUUCUCUCUCGACAAGAUGGCCACACCGACGGUACCGGCGAGUGCUCCUCCUGCAGCUCCAGCCCCAGCCACGGCUGCUGCCCCAGCCUCGGCCUCAGCCCCAGCCCCGGCCUCACCCACAGCUCCGGCCCCAGGCUCAGCGCCGGCUCCAGCGCCGGUUCCGGCCCCGACGGCGGCUCCAGCCUCAUCCUCAGACCCGGCGGCAGCGGCGACUGCGACCGCGGCUCCCGGCCAGCCCCCGGCCUCGGCGCCAGCCCCAGCGCAGACCCCGGCGCAGUCUUUGCCGGGUCCUGCUCUCCCGGGCCCCUUCCCCGGCGGCCGCGUGGUCCGCCUGCACCCGGUCAUUUUGGCCUCCAUCGUGGACAGCUACGAGCGACGCAACGAGGGCGCUGCCCGCGUUAUCGGGACCCUGCUCGGAACCGUUGACAAGCACUCUGUGGAAGUCACCAAUUGCUUUUCAGUGCCACACAACGAGUCAGAAGAUGAGGUGGCUGUUGACAUGGAAUUUGCUAAGAACAUGUAUGAAUUGCACAAGAAGGUCUCUCCAAAUGAGCUCAUCCUGGGCUGGUACGCUACAGGCCAUGACAUCACAGAGCACUCUGUGCUGAUCCAUGAGUACUACAGCCGGGAAGCCCCCAACCCCAUUCACCUCACUGUGGACACGAGCCUCCAGAACGGCCGCAUGAGCAUCAAGGCCUAUGUCAGCACUUUAAUGGGUGUCCCUGGGAGGACCAUGGGGGUGAUGUUCACACCUCUGACAGUGAAAUAUGCAUAUUAUGACACAGAACGCAUCGGAGUUGACCUGAUCAUGAAGACCUGUUUUAGCCCCAACCGGGUGAUCGGACUCUCAAGUGACUUGCAGCAAGUAGGAGGGGCGUCGGCUCGCAUCCAGGAUGCCCUAAGCACAGUGUUGCAGUACGCAGAGGAUGUACUGUCUGGAAAGGUGUCAGCUGACAAUACAGUGGGCCGCUUCUUGAUGAGUCUGGUUAACCAAGUACCCAAGAUAGUUCCUGAUGACUUCGAGACCAUGCUCAACAGCAACAUCAAUGACCUGCUGAUGGUGACCUACUUGGCCAAUCUCACACAAUCACAAAUUGCCCUCAAUGAGAAACUCGUAAACCUGUGAAUGGGCCCCAAUCCUAGGACUCAGAAUGGAGUGAAAUAGCUGGUUUCUUUGUGGUUUGAGUCACACCGAGUCAGUCAACUGCUUGUGAGUCUCAAUAAACUUAGCCUACCUUU